AUGGCUCAGGCCACACGUCUGUAUCUCUUUGGAGAUCAGACAUAUGAUUUCGUGCCAAAGCUGAAGGAACUACUCGCGUACCACGAAAAUCCCAUACUGACGGCGUUCCUGGACCAAGCACAUUAUGUCAUUCGAGCUGAGUCGAUUGAGAGCUUGCCAGUUGCAGUGCACAAGGCUUCUCGAACCGCCAGUCUGGCGGAGUUGGUGCAAAAGUACACAGAAGGCAAGCUUGGUCCAGCAUUUCAGACAGCGCUUGCGUGUACUAGCCAACUCGGCGCAUUCAUUCGGGACGUGGAGCAAGAGGUUUACCCACAAGCCAACGACAGCUACGUCUUAGGCGUGUGCACUGGUUCGUUGGCAGCAGCAGCAGUAGCUUCAAGCACAUCUCUAUCACAACUUCUUCCGCUCGCAGUCCAGACUGUACUUGUGGCUUUCCGCCUGGGCUUGUGUGCCACGCACAUGAGGGAUCUCCUGUUGUCGGCAUCGGACGCAGAUGUGACCACCCAAUCUUGGUCAACAGUGCUACCAAAGAUUGGUCCUGCGGGGGCCAGCGAGGCCAUUGACGAAUUUUGCUCUGGAAAGGAUCUGCCGAGCGGAGGCCGACCAUGGAUCGCAUCUUACGCGACGAAGUCAACGACCAUCAGCGGUUCGCCGCUCGUGUUGCGAGAGCUGCUACGUACACCGGCGCUGGCAAACACAAAAUCAAUGUCGCUGCCAAUUUGCGUUCCUGCCCACAAUUCGGCCUUAUUCAACACACAACACAUUCGCAUGAUUCUGGCCACGACUCCUUCAGUCUCAUGGUCCGGUCACCCUAGCACGAUACCAUUCUUGUCCAGUGUCACAGGGAAGCUGGCUUGGGCCAGUAACUACUACGCACUGCUAGAACUUGCUUUGACGCAAUGCCUCGUUGACCCCAUUCGAUGGGAUAAAGUUGAGACCGACUUGCCGCAAUUUCUCAGUUCCGCUGUACUUGACAAAGUUGUCAUCAAGCCAAUGAACACGAUGGCACACAAGGCUCUUGCCAAUGCACUCUCUGCCCAUUUGGAAGUGACCGCCGAUAGCUCCACGAAGGCGACCGAUAAUUUCAGUCAUCGCUCAGGCUCGGCGAAGGGCAAACUCGCCAUCGUCUCCAUGUCUGGACGCUUUCCUGAAGCACAAAGCACGGAAGCAUUCUGGGAAUUACUAUAUCAAGGUCUCGAUGUCGUGAAAGAGGUCCCUCGUCGUCGCUGGAACAUCGACACACAUGUCGACCCAACAGGCAAGGCGCGUAACAAGGGCGCUUCAAAAUGGGGCUGUUGGCUCGAUUUUGCAGGUCAAUUCGAUCCGAAAUUCUUCAGCAUUUCCCCAAAGGAGGCGCCACAAAUGGAUCCCGCACAACGUAUGGCCUUGAUGUCUACGUAUGAGGCAAUGGAACGCGGCGGUAUCGUUCCGGACACAACCUCUUCUACUCAACGCAACCGAGUGGGCGUGUUUCACGGCGUGACAUCCAACGACUGGAUGGAGACAAAUACAGCUCAGAACAUCGACACCUACUUCAUCACUGGCGGCAAUCGAGGCUUUAUCCCGGGAAGAAUCAAUUUCUGCUUUGAAUUCUCCGGACCGUCUUUUACCAACGACACUGCUUGUUCUUCCAGUCUCGCAGCGAUUCAUCUUGCUUGCAAUUCACUUUGGAGAGGCGAUUGCGACACUGCCGUAGCCGGCGGUACUAACAUGAUCUUCACGCCUGAUGGGCACGCUGGCCUCGAUAAAGGAUUCUUCUUGUCGCGCACAGGAAAUUGCAAGCCAUUCGACGAUGCCGCAGAUGGAUACUGUCGUGCAGAGGGCGUAGGAACCGUGUUCAUCAAGCGACUCGAGGACGCCUUAGCAGAUAAGGAUCCAAUCCUUGGAGUCAUUCUGGACACAAAGACCAACCAUUCCGCUAUGUCUGAGUCAAUGACCAGACCCCUCGCUAGUGCCCAAAUCGAUAACAUGUCUGCAUGCUUGACCGCCGCCAACGUAGACCCGGACACGGUUGGCUACGUUGAAAUGCAUGGUACCGGAACCCAGGUCGGUGAUGCCGAGGAAAUGAAGUCUGUACUUGCGUGCUUCGCCCCGAACGAAGCCUUCCGUUCUCGUGACGUUUAUAUCGGCUCAGCGAAGGCGAACGUCGGGCAUGGUGAGGGUGUGUCUGGAGUGACCAGCUUGAUCAAAGUUUUGUUGAUGAUGCAGAACAACAUGAUUCCUCCACAUUGCGGCAUUAAACCUGGAAGCAAGAUCAACCACAACUACCCCGACCUGCCAGCCCGCAAGGUUCACAUUGCAUUUGAACCAAAACCUUGGCCAAGAAGCUCUGUUCCUCGUCGAGCCCUGAUCAAUAACUUCUCAGCUGCUGGUGGCAAUACGGCGCUUUUGAUUGAAGAUGCACCCACCCGCUCGACAGAAAAGCCACACACGGAGGACACUCGGUCACAGCAUAUCGUGACUGUAUCAGCCCACGUUGCAAAAUCUCUCAAGGGAAAUCUUGAAGCUCUCCUUGGAUUCCUGCAACGAACACCAGAAGCAUCGCUGUCUGAGCUCUCGUAUACAAUGACAGCUCGUCGAUGGCAUCACCUACAUCGUGUGAGUGUCACUGGCGCCUCGGUCGAUGAGAUCAAGACGAAACUCGCGAAGUGUAUUGAGAAUGGCGAUGGCAUGCACAGACCCAAAGCAAAGCCCAGCAUCGCGUUUGCAUACACUGGGCAAGGCAGUCAAUAUAUCGGAAUGGGCAAGCAGCUCUACGACGCCUACCCGAAAUUUCGCAGCGAACUCCAGAGACUUGAUCAACUGGCACAGAGCUACGGCUUCCCAUCAUUCCUCCACGUCUACACUUCGGCGGAAGCUGAAGGCGAGAUCGACGACCUGCUUCCAGUAGUCGUGCAGCUUGCGAUCGCAUGCUUGCAGAUGGCUCUCGGCAAUUUGCUCGCCUCAUUCGGCAUUCGCCCUACUUCUGUCAUUGGACACAGCCUUGGUGAGUACGCCGCUUUGCACAUGGCGGGAGUCCUCUCCGCCGCGGACACGAUCUAUCUCGUUGGCAGGAGGGCUCAGCUACUACAGGACAAGUGCCAAAGACACAGUCAUUGCAUGCUCGCUACGAAGGCAUCUGUGCAGAUACUUGACCAAAUCUUGGCUGGAACUCCUUACGAGAUCUCCUGCCGGAAUGGGCCAGAAGAUACAGUUCUUAGCGGAUCUUCAGCCGACAUGACUGAUGCUCGUCGACUACUGUCGGCCCAGAACAUCAAGUCAACAGUGUUGAAGCUACCUUUUGCCUUCCAUUCUGCACAAGUCGAGGCCAUCCUUCCCGAGUUCGAGAAGCUGGCUCAAGCAGUCACCUUCAACAAACCGACGAUGCCCGUAUUCUCUACGUUGCUGGGUAGAAUCGUCACCGAAAGCGGAGUCUUCGAUCCUUCAUAUCUUGCAAGGCACUGUCGCAAGCCAGUCGAUGCUGUUGGUGCACUUCAAGACGCGGCUAGUGGGUCGCUGGUCAAUAAGCGCACUGUCUUCAUCGACGUCGGACCAAAGCCUCUACUUUCUGGUAUGAUCAAGAUGACUUUGGGCUCAAAGCAGGUGGCUCUCCCAACCCUCAAACCCAAGAGCGAUGUUUGGUUGAACAUGCAAUCGAUCUUCUCGACACUGUACAACGGUGGCUUAGAUCUCAACUGGGGCGCCUACCAUGCACCAUUUGACGGCUCGAAGCGUGUCAUGUCAGAGCUGCCGACAUAUUCUUGGGACUUGAAGGAUUACUACAUCGAGUACGAAGGCGACUGGUGUCUCCAUCGCCACAAGAUUCACUGUAAUUGUGCUGAGGGUCAUGGACAGUGGCAGACAUCGAAGUAUGAGCCUGGCAAGCACUCCUUUGAGGGGAACGUGGUCGUCCCUGGCGGACAGUUGAAGGCCUCAUCGAAGCCAUCGAAACUUGAUGCGACAAAAGAGGCUUACCCGGAGAUACCGUUGACCACGACCCUUCACCGUGUUGUCGAAGAAAAGACGGAGCCGUUGGGCGCUACCUUCGUCGUUGAGACCGAUAUGUCAAGGCCAGAUGUCAACAAUAUUGCGCAAGGCCACCUCGUGGACGGUAUCCCAUUGGCUACUCCCUCAUUCUAUGCGGACAUUGCUGCACAGGCUGGGAAGUACUGCAUGGAUCGCAUUCGUGCCGGACAUCAGGGUGCCAUCGAUGGCCUGAUCGAUGUCUGCGACCUCGUUGUGGACAAGGCUUUGAUCCCCCACGGGAAGUCACCACAAUUGCUUCGUACCACUCUGACGAUGGCAUGGCCGCCCAAGGCUGCUGCUACCACUCGCAGCGCCAAAGUGAAGUUCGCAACGUACUUCGCGGAUGGCAAGCUGGAUACUGAGCAUGCGACCUGUACUGUUCGCUUCACUACCACUGCCCAGCUGAAGACACAACAGAAGCUCAUUCCGGAAUAUCGCAAAGCCAUUGAGUCAUUGCGAAGCAGAAUGAGUAGAGGAGAGCUCGUCCGCUACAACACCAAGAGUGGCUAUAAGCUAAUGAGUAGCAUGGCCAGCUUCCACACUGACUACAAGCUGCUCCAGAAUCUAAUUCUCAAUGAGGCUGAUAACGAAGCUAUCAGUGUCAUGAAUCUCGCCGGCUGCAAGGAUCAAGGAGUCUAUUCCAGCCACCCUGCGUUCAUUGACGCAUUCACUCAAGUCGCAGGAUUUGCAAUGAAUGCGAAGGAUGAUACAGAUAUCGACCAGACUGUGUUCGUAAACCAUGGCUGGAAGAGCUUCCAGGUCUAUGUGCCUCUGGACAAGACCAAGCCAUAUGAAGUCUACACCAAGAUGGUGCCUGACCAAACUGGCGAUCUGGUUCACGGUGAUCUUGUUGUGCUCGAUGGUGACAACAUCGUGGCGUUCUUCUCAGGGCUUUCGCUUCGAUCAGUGCCACGCAAGGCAUUGCGCGCUGUACUGCAGGCACAAUCUGAUAAGGCCGCUCGUCAGCGAGGAGAGAAGAUCUCAACAGCGCAACCGACAGCGACUAGACCGGCUGCUGUCGCGCCGAAGAAAGAACAAAAGGCUGCCCCAGCUCCUCAAAAGCCCACAGUCGCCCCGCAGAAACCAGAAAAACCAGCAACCUUGUCAAAGCCUCCUACGGAAGCGAAGGCCGCGCCAGUCAAGGCGACUUCCUCUGGAACAGGCCCUGAUCGAUCCAACUCUACUGUUCAAGCUGCGCUACAAAUUAUAUCGGAAGAAAGCGGCAUUGCAAUACAAGAGCUGACCGAUGACAGCGAGUUCACAGACAUUGGUGUCGACUCCUUGAGCUCGAUGGUCAUCGCAGGGCGCCUGCGGGAGGACCUCGAUCUCGACCUCGAUCCCGAUUUUGCUCUAUUCGCUACUUGUCCUACAGUGGGAUCUCUGAGGACGUUCAUCGGAGCGAUGGUGCCAGAGGCUCUCAGUAUUGUGCUAGCCACUCCAGUGCAGCCCGCUCAGCCAGCCAGUCCAGCUCCCGAACCAGAAGUAGUCGACACACCCGAGGCUGUGGAGGCUCAAGUCGCCCAUACUUCGCCGGUUCAGACCAAGCAUGUAUCAACUCCUGUAUCGACUGGUAACAACGAGUUGGUGGCUGCGGCGAUCAAAAUUGUAGCAGAGGAGUCUGGCAUGGCCCUAGAUGAUUUAACAGACGACACAGUCUUCACAGAAGUCGGCAUUGACUCACUGAGCUCUCUUGUCAUCAGCAGCAGGCUACGUGAAGAACUGGAAGUGGACCUUGAUUCAGACUUCUCCCUCUUCACUGAACUCCCGACUGUUCAGAAGCUCAAGGACUUCUUUGGCGGAUCAUGCGGGCAGAGCUCGGCCCAAACUUCAGCCACUCCGACCGAAGGCUUUGAUCUUUGCGCGUCAGAGAGCGACUGCGAGUCGUGCGCCACGCCCUCGAUGUCAUCCUCGUCCUGCGGAUCUGUUAGUGGAUCGAGAGGUGAUGAUGUGAUCAGUGUCACGUCAAAUGACACCAGCGGCGCCGAGGAACCUGACACUCCUGCUCUCAAGCUGGAACCGUACUGCCGAGCCACGAACUCUGUGAUCCUCCAAGGCCUUCCCAAGGUCGCACAGAAGACUCUCUUCAUGCUUCCCGAUGGCGGCGGCUCUGCAUCGUCGUAUCUCACCAUUCCACGACUGAAAGCAGAUGUUGCCAUCGUCGGACUCAACUGCCCGUACGCUCGCGAUCCGGAGAACAUGCGCUGCACCCACCAGGCCAUGAUCCAGUCCUUUGUGAACGAGAUCAAGCGACGUCAGCCUCAAGGACCUUACCACCUUGGUGGCUGGUCAUCUGGAGGUGCCUUCGCUUAUGUCACAGCAGAGGCUUUGGCCAAAGGCGGCGAUGAAGUGCACUCGCUGAUCAUCAUCGAUGCACCUGUGCCACAAGUCAUGGAGAAACUGCCCGUCGAGUUCUAUCAGCACUGCAACACUGUCGGAAUGUUCGCCAACCAACCAGGUGGCACGAGUGAUGGCUCUUCCGAACCUCCACCAUACUUGAUUCCGCACUUCGUCGCCGUCGUCGAUGUCAUGAUGGAUUAUAUUGUGGCUCCACUGCCCACAACCCGAAUGCCCAAGGUCGGCAUUCUAUGGGCGGCUGAUACAGUCAUGAAAGAAGAAGAGGCACCGAAGAUGAAGGGCAUGCACUUCAUGGUGCAGAAACGAAUCGAUUUCGGACCAGACGGCUGGGAGACAGUCUUACCUGGAGCCGAGUUUGAAAUCGUGAGAGCAGAUGGAGCGAGUCAUUUCACAUUGAUGCAAAAGGAUCAUGUACACCGAGUCAGCCAGCUUAUUGAGCGUGUCAUGAGCUAG